UCGACGCACUGGAUAACCGCGUGCGAUUUAAGUAUAUUCAUUAUCUUCCCCCCUUUUCAACUUGUAGUGACGAGCUGCUUCAAUUUGAUUCUAGGGCAUGUACUUCUGUGGUUAGGAAAUUUAUCAUUCAAGACUAUUUGUGUAUUAAUCAAAAGAAAACUAAAAUGGAUAUUGAGGAGCUUAAGAAGAUGGAAGAUGAAGAAUCUUCUGUCAUGAAAACGAUGAAAGGGGCAACCACCGGGUUUGUUGCUGGCACUGUUUGGGGUAUGGUUGUUGCUACUUGGCAUGAUGUACCCCGUGUCGAAAGAAGUAUUGCACUUCCUGGUUUGAUCCGGACACUGAAGAUGAUGGGUAACCAUGGAGCAACGUUUGCUGCUAUUGGUGGAAUUUACAUGGGGGUGGAGCAGUUAACACAGAAGCAGCGUAUGAAAAGAGACUAUAUUAAUGGAGCAGUUGGAGGAUUUGUUGCUGGUGCCACUGUCUUUGGCUUCAAAGGGAGGAGCGUUUCAUCAGCCUUGUCUGCAGGAGGUACAUUCGCAGCCACUUCUGCCAUCCUCGAAGUAUUAGGUAUUGAGAAAAGGGAGACUGGCAGGGUUAAUUAUGUCUACACCCGCGAGAAAAGGCCUAACCCGAAUGUCAACUAGAUACUGAUGAUGCAGUUCCAGUUGAGCUCUUUGUGAAACAACACUGUACUGAGCUUUGUUUUGUGUUGCUCCCCCUUUUCUUACCAUUAAAGAUGGUAAAUGACCAGUUUAAAUAAAUUUCAUGUACUUUUUUUGAAGAGGACAAUCAUUAUUUACGCAGAAUUUGUGGUUAAAACAUUGGCCUGUGACAUGUAAGUUAUUUGGUGUUGGAUAUUUGUUUUUGCAAA